AUGGCGCACAACCAGGAGCUUCUAGCCAAGACCCCCAUCAUCAAGUUCAGGCAACAGGACUUUUACUCCUUGCGGGAUUAUUGCCUAAACAGAGGCCUGCUGUGUGAGGAUGAGACAUUCCCUGCUGAGACUUAUUCCAUAGGUCUACAGCUGCUCAAGGGAAAAAACCUCUCCAGCCUAAGCUGGAUGCGGCCAAAGGAUUUAUUGAAGGGUAAAUCAGAGCCUCACUUCAUCCUGGAAGGUGUGAGCAGUUUCGACAUCCAACAGGGGGAGGCAGCCUCACCCUCCUGUGCAUCUUACUGCAGUCGGGAAGCAGAUCCACAGCUGGGGCAACACCAGCUCCAGUGCACUGUCAUUAAAGACUGCGAGGACAUCUUCUUUGUCUUGUCUCCACUGACAUCUCUGUCUUGGUCUCCCUCCCUGCUUCGAAAGUGCAUCCUCAUCUGUAUGCAAAAGCCCAACAUCUGGGACAUCCGGCUGUGGGCGUAUAUUCCUCUCUCUCUCCUCCCGUUCUGGCACUGUGGCCAGCGGGUGGAAGUGGUGAUUGACGAUCGCCUACCUGUCCUGAACAGUGAGCACUUCGUUAAUCCUCGCAACAAACAAGAGUUCUGGCCGAGCCUGCUGGAGAAAGCCUACGCCAAGUUUCAUGGGUCCUAUGUCAACCUGCACCAUGGCUACCUCCCUGAGGUGGACCUCACGGGAGGGGUGGUCACCAGCAUCAGCCUGCAUUCCUCCUCGUCUGACCUGAUGACAGUGGUGAAGAUGGUAGCCGAGGCAGGCUCCCUGAUGACCUGCAGCACCCUGGCCGGGGUGACCGACAACUGAGUCCACGAGAUGGCAAACGGGCUGGUGAGUCGGCAUGCCUACACAGGGACUGGCGCUGAGCAGAUUCAGUACAGGAGCGGCUGGGAAUAUCUUAUCCGCCUGUGGAACCCCUGGGGCGAGAGCGAAUGGAGAGGGCGCUGGAGUGACAGGUCUCUGGAGUGGCAGGAAACCCACGACCGACGGAAAAGCCAGUUGUAUGAAAAUAAGGAUGAUGGCGAGUUUUGGAUGUCAUGUCAAGAUUUCCGAGAUAACUUCUUCUGCCCAUUUAUAUGUAAGCAAGUUCCAAUCAGCCUGGACCAUGGAAACGCACUCCAUGAAAGAUGGUCCCAACUGAUGUUUAAGAACCACUUAAUUCCAGGAAAUGCGGAAGGACCCCAGAGGGACAUGCAGUACAUCUUCUCUGUGCCAGAAAGCAUGGAAAACAACAAUGUCAUCGUGUCCUUCAAUUCUGUCAUGCCACAAAAUUUAAAGGCAACAGACAGGACAUUUCCACUGAAGUCCGAGGUGUUCAAGAUGUGGAAACCAAAAGUCAACGUGAAUGACCUGCCCAAGGUGCAGCUGGGUGAUCGACUAUCAGGUAUGGCCACCGCCCCUGCUGCCGUCUGUCCAUAUUGUUACGCCUCUUCCAACACCCUUGACCUCAACAUGUCUCUUGCUGUUCUGUGGCUGCCUAUUCAGUCUUGCUAUGUCCUAGUGUUUCAGCCUGAGCCCUAUGUGGUGGUCGCCUCCACAGGCAGAGAAGCAGUUGAGUUCUUGCUCUGAAUCUUCCUAAAGAUGCCACACAGUGACAGUGAAGACCCUGCUGGGCACCUCAUGCCUCUUGGCCCCGAGGCAGACAUCACUACAAUCAUGGCAGUCUUUACCGUUGAGCAUGGACGAGGCCUUCUCAGUCCAGAAUGCCAGAUGGUCACUGUGCCACCAUUCAGAGAACCUGGACGAGAAUCCCAACGUCAGACCACUGCAGAUCCAGGCAAGUCGUCCAGAAAUGGCUCCCAACGAAGCAUUUUCUACAGAUACGCUCAGCAGGGGCUGGACAUUGAUCCAGGACUUUGCGCCAAGGUGCAUGGCUCGAGAGUAGAACCCAGACUGGACUCCAACUUCGUUUCUCCCCUUGGUGGAGACCCUCCAAACCCAGGUUCAGAGCCUUCUCAACCAGGAAUUCCUAGAAGGACCUCAGCGGACACAUCCUCUUUGCAUGAGUGCCGGAGCACUGUGGCUCUGACGGAUCUGAAGGUGAACGGGCGGCUUGACCAAGAGGAGUUUUCAAGGCUGUGGAGCCGUCUUGUCCACUGCCAGAGUGUUUCCCAAAACUCUCGGAAGAACUCUGGAGUUUUCCCAAGCUCGGAUUUGUGGAAGGCCAUAAAGGACACAGACUUCCUUGCAGGGAUCCCCGUCACCAAUGAGCGGCUGGAUCUCAUGAGACUCCGCUGUAGCGACAGCACAGGCAGGGUCAGCUUCCCCAGCCUGGUCUGCGUCCUGAUGCGGCUUGAAGCCAUGACAAAAGCGUUCCAGAACCUCUCCAAGGACGGAAAAGGACUCUACCUGACAGAAAUGGAGGAGCCUCACCAGGUGGUUGAGGACAGUGGGGCCCGAGGAGGGGAGAAGGGACCGGAAGCCAGGGCCCUGACCCCAAGACCUCUUCCGGUCCCCAAGGAAUCUUCACCUCCAGGAGCCACGGUGAUUUGUGGGAAACUUCCUCCAAAUCCCCAGCUAAUCCUCCUUGGGCUGAACCCUUCAGUGAUCGCAUUUGCGGCUGGUGGCGUCUAA